AUGGAAACUAUUGGACAGGGUGUCCUACAAUGGAACGAGGAUGGCAGAGUAUUGUCGAAGGAACAGAAGCAAUUCUACGAGAAAAAUGGCUAUCUUCUCAUAAGGAACUGCGUGCCCAGCUACGAGCUAGAGCGCUAUAAGCGAAGAUUCAAGGACCUGUGCCAGGGUAAAGAUGUACCGAUCAACAUGACUGUGAUGAGAGACAUAGCCAUUGCCAAAUCCGAAUUUGUUUCUGGAGAGAAGGCUAUCACCAAAGUGCAGGACUUCCAAGACGAUCCUGUGCUGUUCGAUUACUGUCAAUACAAGGGGGUUGUCGAUGUUGUCAAAGAUCUGAUUGGGUCGAAGAAUUCUAAUCUUCUUGCAAUGCACACGAUGCUCAUCAACAAGCCACCGGACAGCGGUAAGCUCACUUCUCGACACCCAAUGCAUCAGGAUUUACACUACUUCCCCUUCCGACCGGCUGACUUUAUCUGCUGCGCAUGGACGGCUAUGGAGAGAGUAAACCGUGCUAAUGGCUGCCUUGUGGUAGUUCCUGGGACACAUAAAGGUACACUGCUGCCGCACAGCUAUCCAAAAUGGGAGGGAGGCGUGAACAAGGCUUACCACGGCAUCCAAGAUUAUGACACAUCGAUGCCACGGCUGCAUGUGGAAAUGGAAGCUGGCGAUACAGUCUUUUUCCAUCCGAUACUUAUUCACGGAUCUGGAGCCAAUAGAACCGAAGGUUUUCGUAAAGCAAUAUCUUGCCACUACGCCAAUGACGAUUUGUGUAGAUAUAUCGACGUUAAAAACUCCACACAAGAGGUGAAAUAUUUCAGUAAAACGAGUAAGAAUUGCUGCUAG